AUGGCAACAUUAUGACAGUUAAGACGUAAGCCGUGUUGUUGAUUUAAAUUUAAAAACACUUUAUUAUGAAUAUUCAAAAAUGGCACUACCUGAGCUCGAUACAAGAUCUGUUUUAGAUAAUGUUGAGGAGAAUUUUACACGAAUCGGAUUGAAAACGUAUGCAAUUCGUAUGAUAUACGCGGGAGAACACCUUUUAAAGAAGGAGGAAAUAAUACAUAUGUUUUCUAAGACAGUGGAAGACGUCAACUCAAGUUACUGUGACAUUCACAUUACUGGCUUGCUGUUGGUGUAUGACAGUUUUUUUGUCCAUGUUAUUGAGGGUUCAGAAGACACAGUUCAUCGUCAGAUAAGAUUUCUAUUCAACCUUGAAACUCAAAUGUCUGAACAAAAAGCUUUAAUUGAAGCUGCGGAAGCGGCUGCUCAAGAAAAAACCGUGGAAGGAAAUGCGGAGAAAGAAUACAAGAUAUUUAGACGUUUAAAGAUGAUAAUGGUUUAUCAUUCUAUGCAAACUCUUAUGUUUAGCGGUUGGCGCGCUUUAACCGCUCGACCGCCGUCGCUGGUCGGCAACUUGGACGUAUAUGGUCCGAUAGCUGCACACAUGGAGCAAUUACGGAUAUUUCUCGAUAAAAUGAGUAAACUGUGCGAUUUAGCGAAGCACGAACAUCAUUUAUCCUUCGAAGGUCUGAGUGCUGUGGAUCCAAAGAUAGAGGCUUUACCAGAAGUGACACUUUUGGAUUUUUUGCUGGAAUCAAGGUAUAUCCUUGAUCUGCGUCGAACCGCACAUAUGCAUAGGAGAGUUGAUGACUACGUUUUCUAUUUCGAAAAUGUAUGGCCGUUACCAACUCACUUCACCCCGCGCUUGCUGUAUAAGUUGAAGAUAGAUGACUCGUUCGUUGAGCCACUUCCAGUGAUGCCGUGGGAGAAAGUCAAGAAAGACGUGGACGACGAAGGCAGAGAGACAGAGAGAGAUGAAGAUCAAACUGAUACAUCGGAUAGUGACUAAUACUUGUAAUUGCUAGUAAUGUAAUUUUUUAAUCUGUGUGUUUAAGUUCUAGUCAUUUUUAAAAAUAUUGGCUUAGUUGUACAUGUUUUUA